AUGCCUAAAUGGUUACCAAUAAACAGACUUCUGCAGGUGCGAGUCACCUCAUGCAUAAUCUUUUUAUUAUGCCUUAUAGCUGUGAUUCAAUUCUUUGCCUCAUACGGAGAAUAUAAUUAUGACCACAUACCACGAGAACAAUUGAUCAGUAAUAUAUAUUUCCAUACAAACCCCAAACUAGUGCCAAAGAAAGAAACACCAAACUGUAACUAUGAUGGUAUAUUGCAAAGCACAAGUACCAUCAAUAGUUGGGAGGUUCCAAAGAAAUAUGAUGAUUUCUCGGCUGCUGGAUUAGCGAAUGGUAGUUAUACACCUGAGAACUGUAACCCUCUCCUCAGUGUUGCCAUACUAGUUACCUACAGAAACAGACAAAAUCAGCUAGAUGUGUUCAUACCAUACGUGCACAAUUUUUUACGUAAACAAGGUAUUCACUAUAGUAUAUAUGUUAUUGAGCAACAAGAUGACAAAGCAUGGAACAAAGGUGCCUUGUACAACAUAGGAGCAAAGCAGGCGAUAGCAGACAAAUUUCCUUGCCUCAUUCUCCACGAUGUGGACCUCCUGCCCCUGGACGUUGGCAACUUGUAUGCAUGUCUGCGCGAACCUCGCCACAUGAGUGCGAGCAUUGACAUAUUUAGAUAUGUGUUAACAUACGAUUACCUGGUGGGUGGAGUGUUGGCGAUCCGGUCGGAUCAGUACAUGUCUGUGAAUGGAUUUUCGAAUCGGUUUGAGGGAUGGGGCGGUGAGGAUGAUGACUUCGCAGCCAGGAUCGCUGCUAAGAACUUAAAGAUUUUAAGAUAUCCGCGAGAAUUAUCAAGAUACACAAUGCUGGUUCACCGUCAUGAGAAGAAAAACGAAGAGAGAGCGCGCAUCAUGUAUGAGAACAAACACAACUUCAACCACGACGGUCUCAACUCAGUAGAUUAUGUAACUAUCAAUGUCAAGAGAAAUAGGCUAUUCACACUGAUCGGUGUAAAAUUAUGA